CCCAUGGAACGGGGAAACCAAACCAGCAUCUCAGAAUUCCUCCUCCUGGGACUGUCAGACCGGGCAGAGCAGCAGCAGCCUCUCUUCGUGCUGUUCCUCUGGAUGUACCUGCUUGGAGUCUUGGGGAGCCUGCUCAUCAUCCUGGCCAUCGGCUCCGACCCGCACCUGCAUACCCCCAUGUACUUCUUCCUCACCAACCUCUCUCUGGCCGACAUCUGCUUCCUGUCCACCACGGUCCCCAAGAUGCUGGUCAACAUUCAGACCCACAACAAAUCCAUAUCUUACGCUCGCUGCCUGGUGCAAAUGUAUUUCUUCAUUCUGUUAGUAAGCCUGGACCACUUUCUCCUCACUGGGAUGGCAUACGACCGCUACGUGGCCAUAUGCCACCCUCUCCACUACACCACCAUCAUGAGCCCAUGGCUCUGUGCCCUGGUAGUUGCUGGGUCCUGGCUCAUCAGUUCCCUCCAUGCCCUGACACACACCCUAUUGGUGGUUCGCUUAUCCUUCUGUUCCAGUCAUGAAAUCCUUCACUUCUUCUGUGACCUUUACCAGGUCCUAAAGCUUUCUUGUUCCAGCAUUCUCAUUAACGAAGUGGUGGUGUUUGUCAUUGCAGUAGUGCUGGCCGUAGUUCCUCUCACCGGCCUCCUGUUCUCUUACACUCGCAUCGUCUCCACCAUAUCGAGAAUCCCAUCCACUAGUGGAAAACGCAAAGCUAUCAGCACCUGUGGCUCUCAUCUGUCCGUGGUCUCUCUGUUUUACGGCACUGCCCUUGGGGUCUACUUCAGCCCCACAUCUCCCCAAACGGCCAAAAAGGGCUCGAUAGCAUCUGUGAUGUACACUGUGGUCACCCCCAUGCUGAACCCUUUCAUCUACAGCCUGAGGAACAAGGACAUGAAACAGGCUCUGAGAAAUGUGUUCUGCAGGAAAAUUGUCUUCUCCCAGAUGCUGUGA